AUGAUAUUUCUCUCUUUUGUUCUGGCUUUCGUUACUGCCGUUCUCGCUAAAAAUGAUAAUAUCACCUACCAUCCGGGUACAGUUGUUGUGAACCACACAACAACUUUUACGGCCCCUUUUCCGGCACAGACAUCUGGCCUUAACAAGGUUUGGUAUGAGGAAAAUGCCAUUCACAGUCCUAAGGUGUUUAUCAUUAACAUGUUCACUCUUGAAAGAGAGCCAUUUUUAGAGACUUACAAUUUUACUCAUAACAUAACUGUUCCUGGCCUUUCUACCAUUUAUCCAACUGUUAAAUGUACCGAGGAUUAUGAUAUGUGUCAAGUCACUACGGGUGAGGGUGAAAUUAAUGCUGCAGUCACUAUUUCAUCCUUGACCAUGAACCCUCUUUUCGACCUUUCACAAACAUUCUUUAUUAUCGCAGGAAUUGCUGGUUGCUCCCCAAGAGUUGCUACUUUAGCAGAUGCAACUUUUUCGAGAUAUAUUAUUCAGAUUUUGGAAUACGAAGUUGAUGCAAGGGAAAUGCCUGAAAACUGGACCACAGGCUACUUCCCAUUCGGCACUGACAACUAUACCGAAUACCCUGAGAAUAUUUAUGGAACUGAAAUCUUUGAAUUGAAUGCAGCUCUAAGAAAUAGAGCUGUUGAGUUGGCCGCAAAAGUCCAUUUAGACAACGGAACUAAGGCAAACGAGGCUUUCAGAGAGACUUAUGAUUAUGCUCCGGCUAAUUCGACCCCUCGGGUCGUGAAAUGCGACUCCUUGACUUCGGAUACUUACUGGUUUGGAGAGGAUCUUGAUGAGUCUUUUGCAAACUAUACCAAACUUAUAACAAAUGGUACUGCCGAAUAUUGUGCCACUCAGCAGGAGGAUAGCGCCACAAUGGAGGCAAUGGUUCGGGCCGCAAGAUUUGGUUUGGUUGAUUUCAGCAGGAUUGUCGUUUUGAGAACCUGCUCUGAUUUCACUUAUUCCGAUGAUUACACUGGAAGAAACACCACUUAUUUCUUUGAUGAUGUGUACCAAGGCGGAAUUUCUGCCUCAUUGACAAAUCUUGUUGUCGCAUCUAGACCUUUGAUUAAGGAUAUCCUAAGGAACUUCGAAGUGUACAACAAUGGGACUUAUGCACCAGAUAACUACAUUGGUGAUUACUUUAACUCUUUGGACUUUGAUCUUGGUAUCAGAACAUGGGGAAGUAGCGAGUGGGGAACUGCUUAA